GCCUUUCACAAGGCUACCAAGAGCUUCAUUCUCUUUUGAAACCAACAUUUUAAUAAUUUAUUCAUCCAAUAUCAAAUACAAAUGGCUAUCUCGAGAAAGCUUGUUAAACCUCUUUCUCUGCUGCUCCUUUACAUGGUAUUAUUAGCAGAAUCGCCACCUCGCGCCGAAGCGGCAAUCACAUGCAGCACGGUGGUCAACAGCCUAAUUCCGUGCCUUAGCUACGUCAUGAACGGCGGCAAGGUGCCGCCGACUUGCUGCCAGGGGAUUAAAUCCCUCUAUGGCGCCGCGAAGACCGCGGCGGAUCGCCGGAGUGUUUGCUCGUGUUUGAAAACCGCUGCCUCAAGUGUUAGUGGUAUCAACUUUAAGAAUGCUGCUGCCCUUCCUGGCAAAUGUGGCGUCAAAAAUAUUCCCUUCAAGAUUAGCCCUAAAGCUGAUUGCUCAAAGGUGAAGUGAAAGACGCACAAUGUAUGGGAAUAUAUAUAAUAUAUCAAGCAAAACUGAACUCAUGUCAGUGAUAUACAUGUUGUCUAUGACAUAGAGUGAGAAUAAGAGUUUUAUUGUCUCUAAUCUUGUUAAGAGAUAUUUAAAUGUGUAUUUGUGAUUGUCUUUAAUUUGGUUCUCAAUGGUUGUGUAUCAUCCAAUGAUCACCAAUCAAAUAUUGUGCGGACUCUUUAUUAAAUAAACCAUCGGCCCUUAAUUAA